AAAUGGUCCAAUUUUGCGAAUUUUUGAACUUUAAGGCCGAAUAUCUCCUAAACUAAGCGUUUGCGGAUUUUUUAAUCAGGAGAACUUCCUCUUUCCAACGGUACCUUCAAAUCGCGGCGCCAAAGAAAUCGGAAUUGUGCCUGAUUUUGUAUGCCUGCAAUACAACGAACAACGAACAAUAUUUGAACUCGUCAUUGCGCAUUCUUUGUUUUUAUCAUUCUUGAAACUGCGUUUUUCGUUUUCUUCUUCUUGAAAAAUUGGGCAUUCGUCUCUCCUAUUCUAGCUAGUUAACAUUACAAUAUGUUUUUCUCUAUCUUACUUACAUACGUAUUAUCCCAUUUAAUUGAAAAUUCCAGAAAAUGAAACAGUGUUAGUGAACAGCUGAAAAUGUUUCAAUGUGUUUGUACAAUCUGUUAUGCAAGUGAUACACUCAUCAAUUAGUUGGUUGAUUGAGUUGGGCUAGAAAUUGCCCUUGUCGCUACACACGACACAACUUUUCAUACAAUUUUGAGGCCAACUUCAUUUUGAAUAUUCACUUCGUUGAGUAAACAUGAGUUCGGAAGUUGUUGCUUUACUUAUUAUAAAUGAAGUUUUAGCGGAAGAAGAAGAACAGGAGCAAAAAAGCAUUCGGAAAAAAAGAAAAUGGUGUAAAAUGUGGUUGCAAAAUAAAAAUGAAUUUUCAAACAACAAGCUUUUGAAGACGUUGAGAGAAACCGAGGCAAAGGACUGCAAGAACUGCGCAUGAGCGAUGAAGUGUUUUACGAUCUUCUCUUGAAAGUGAAAGUUUUUAUUGAAAAAAAAAGACACAAUAAUGCGGGAAGCAAUUAGUGCAGAGAAUCGUUUGGCAAUAACUUUAAGAUUUUUGGCUACCGGAAACUCAUUUGAAGACCUAAAAUUUUCAACCGCAAUAUCUGCACAAGCGAUUGGUAAAAUUGUAAUUGAGACGUGCAAGGCUAUCAUAAAAGUUCUAAAAGACUCAAUUAAGCUUCCUAAAACACCUGAGCAAUGGAUGGCUGUAGCUGAUCAAUUUUAUGAGAAGUCGAUGUUUCCCAACUGUCUAGGCGCGCUCGAUGGAAAGCACAUAAAUAUUUCACGUCCUCCUAACUCCGGUUCAUUCUAUUUUAAUUAUAAAAAGACAUUCAGUAUCGUCUUGUUGGCAAUUGUUGACAGCAACUCCAACUUUUUAAUGGUAGAUGUAGGUGCAAAUGGACGAAUUUCCGUUGGAGACGUUUUCGGAAAUUCGAAAUUUUUUAAAAAGUUGGAAAGUGGAGGUUUAAAUUUACCGGAACCACAAGCAGUGCUUGCAGACGAAGAUUCACACCCUUUUGUGUUUGUGUCGGAUGCGGCUUUCGCUUUGAGAAAAAAUGUUUUAAAACCAUUUGGUCACAACAAUUUGACAGAGGAUGAAAUGCUGUUUAACAAAACUCUGAGCUCAGCACGGGUUAAAGUUGAAAACGCCUUUGGUAUUUUGGCAUCGCGUUUUCGACUUCUUCAAACGACAAUAAAUUUAUGUCCUGAAAAAGUUACUGCAGUUGUUCUUGCCUGUUGCUACUUACACAACUACUUACGGUGCCAGUCAAACUCAAAUCGAUUUGAAUGUGAAAAUAUUCAACUAUCAGACAUAGAACAAACGCUGACUAGAAAUGCAUCUAAUGAGGCCAAAACAAUAAGGUUGAAAUAUUGUGAAAUUAUCAAAAAAUUGAAAUCUCUUUAAUUCCCUUUAU